AGGCCCGCUGACAGGAAGUGGAUUGUCGGUCUGGGCUGUGUCCUUGUUAGCUGCCAUAACAGGCAAGCAAAUGUGCACCAUAUGGAAAGAUGACCUAAACCGUGCUUAAAUAUCAGUUUUGAAAGAUCUUUGUAUCAACCCGCUGUUGAUAAAUAGCACCAUGCUGCGUGUCGGGAAUAAAGCUGCCUGCCUGGCCUGCAGGAAUCUGGUCUCCACCAACAUGGGGGUGAGAUUUCGGGUACCGCUGCAGAAGCUGCAUCCUCUAUCACGUGCCAUCCACCACCGCUACUCUGGAAACACCAACCCCCAGCGACCCCCCCACCGCACGGCAGCUCGCUACUUUACCUCUAUGUCACGGUUGCCCAUGCGGCCUCCCAAGCCUCCCUCGGGGUCAGGGGGGCGGGGCCACCAGCAGCAGCGCAACUUCUGGGUGGCAAGCCUCGCUGCCCGCCUGCUGAGGCUCCGAUACAUUCUGCUGGGGUCGGCAGUGGGCGGAGGGUACACCGCUAAAAAGACCUAUGAUGAGUGGAAGGAGAUGCUCCCUGAUUUUAGUGAAUACAACUGGGUCAUACCGGAUUUCGUCUGGGAACUGAGUGAACAAAUUGAUCUCGAUAAACUGGCCAAAGCUCUGCCAGAGAUCGAGGAAAUAGCUAAAUUACUUCCUGACUUUGAUAAGAUAGGCGAGAACUUCACUUUCCUCAAGAGCCUCCUGUCCUCUGGUGUGAGUUUGGGUAGUGAAGUCAAAGGAGCUUCUGGUCUGCAUCUGUUGUUAGAAACAUCAGGCGAUCCUCCGCUAAAAGCCACAGACUCUUCGACUGCAGCCGCACAUGAAGUCAGCGACAAGCAAUACAAAAAGGGUCUGCUUGGCGAGCUCGUUCUUAUUCAGCAGCAGAUCCAGCGACACGAGGAGGAGGUCCGGCGGGCUGCGGCAGCCAAUAGUGCACGUCCCCCACCGCCAGAGCCUGCUCCCAGUCCGCCUCCGAACCCCAGUCCCCCUCAAGAGAAACGCAAGUCAUCGGACAAAGAGAGAAUAGACCUGCUUCAAGAAGAACUGCUCCGUACGCAGCUAAAAUAUCAGCGCAUGCUGGAAAGACUGGAGAAGGAGAAUAAGGAGUUAAGGAAAGUGGUGCUGCAAAAAGAUGAUAAAGGGAUUCACCAAAGGAAAGUCAAGAAAUCCCUUAUUGACUUGUAUUCUGAAGUCCUGGACAUCUUGUCAGACUAUGAUGCCAACUACAACACCCAGGAUCACCUUCCCAGGGUGGUAGUGGUUGGCGAUCAGAGUGCUGGAAAGACUAGUGUGCUGGAGAUGAUCGCCCAGGCCAGGAUCUUCCCCCGGGGCUCAGGAGAGAUGAUGACCCGCUCUCCUGUCAAGGUAACACUGAGCGAAGGCCCACACCACGUAGCCAUGUUUAAGGACAGUGGCCGAGAGUUUGACCUUUCCAAGGAGGAGGACCUUGCUGCUCUGAGGCAUGAGAUUGAGCUGAGGAUGAGGAAGAGUGUGAAGGCGGGACAAACCGUCAGCUGUGAGACAAUAUCCUUGAGUGUCAAAGGCCCCGGAAUCCAGAGGAUGGUGCUUGUUGACUUACCAGGAGUCAUCAGUACUGUGACUGCAGGCAUGGCGACGGAUACAAAGGAAACCAUCUUUAGCAUCAGCAAGGCAUACAUGCAGAAUCCCAAUGCAAUCAUCCUGUGUAUUCAGGAUGGCAGCGUGGAUGCAGAGAGGAGCAUUGUAACAGACUUGGUGAGCCAGAUGGACCCACAGGGGAAGAGGACAAUCUUUGUCCUGACCAAGGUGGACUUGGCCGAGAAAAACCUGGCCAGCCCAAACCGAAUUCAGCAAAUAGUGGAAGGAAAGCUGUUUCCCAUGAAGGCCCUGGGCUACUUUGCAGUGGUGACAGGAAAAGGAAGCAGCGGUGAAAGCAUUGACUCCAUUAAAGACUACGAGGAAGAAUUCUUCCAGAACUCUAGAUUACUAAAGGACGGCAUGCUGAAGGCCCACCAGGUGACAACAAAGAACUUGAGCUUGGCCGUCUCCGACUGCUUCUGGAAGAUGGUUCGGGAGUCUGUUGAGCAGCAAGCGGAUGUCUUCAAAGCCUCUCGCUUCAACCUGGAGACUGAGUGGAAGAACAACUACCCUCGCCUGAGAGAGCUGGACAGGAAUGAACUCUUCGAAAAGGCCAAAAAUGAAAUCUUGGAUGAAGUCAUUAGUUUGAGUCAAGUGACCCCACAACACUGGGAGGCCAUGCUGCAGAAGAAGUUGUGGGAACGCGUUUCCACCCAUGUGAUUGAAAACAUCUACCUGCCUGCUGCCCAAACAAUGGACUCUGGUACCUUUAACACCACUGUAGACAUCAAGCUCAAGCAGUGGACCGACAAGCAGCUUCCACACAAAGCACUUGAGGUUGCCUGGGAGACGCUGCAGGAAGAGUUUGCCCGCUUCAUGGCUGAAUACAAAGGCAAAGACCAGGACGACAUUUUUGACAAGUUGAAGGAGGCUGUGAAGGACGAGAGCAUCAAGAGGCACAAGUGGAAUGAGAGGGCCAUGGACAGCCUGAGGGUGAUCCAGCACAAUGCCCUAGAAGACCGCUCCAUCACAGACAAGCCCCAGUGGGAUGCAGCCAUCCAGUUCAUGGAGGAGACCCUGCAGUCACGCCUCAAAGACACUGAGUCAGUAAUCCGAGACAUGGUGGGUCCAGGCUGGAGGCAGAGAUGGCUGAACUGGAUGAACCGCACACCAGAUCAGCACAUUCGUAAUGAGACAAAGAAUGAGCUGGAGCGCUUGCUGAAGCUACACGAUGAGCACACAGCCUACUUGGCCAAUGACGAGGUCACCACUGUCAGGAAGAAUCUGGAGGGACGAGGUGUUGAAGUUGACCCUGUGCUGAUCAAGGACACGUGGCAUCAGCUGUAUCGCCGACACUUCUUGCAGAAGGCGCUGUCUCACUGUAAUCUCUGCAAGAGAGGCUUCUACUACUACCAGAGGCACUUUGUCGACUCUGAGUUGGAGUGCAAUGAUGUGGUUCUGUUCUGGAGAAUCCAGAGGAUGCUGGUCAUCACAGCUAACACUCUCCGACAACAGCUCACCAACACGGAGGUGCGCCGACUGGAGAAAAAUGUAAAGGAGGUGCUGGAUGACUUUGGUGAAGACAUGGAGAAGAAGACCCACCUCAUCACUGGCCGCCGAGUUCAGCUUGCCGAGGAUCUCAAAAAAGUUCGUGAGAUUCAGGAGAAACUUGAAGCCUUCAUAGAAGCUCUUCACAAGGAAAAAUGAGACGAGAACUAUUGAAAGUAAACGUAUGGAUCACAGCAGAGAAAUGCACUGAACAAAGACAAGUCAUCUGAAAAUGACCGCCAUCGCAGCCUGACCUUGUCCACAUCACUCACGCAUCUGAUUUUAAUAUUUGCGGCUUGGCUACCUGUCCCCCUUUUUUGAAGCUGAUGAAACGAUGGACCUGAACUGAAGCUCUUUCUUUGAUUUUUCUUGGCGUUUAUUUUCCUCUUGCAAACUGUCCCGGGUCAAGAGGGGAGAUCAGGAGGAAAAUGAGAAGCAUGCACAGUGUUGUCAGACAUCUAACCUCUCAUUUUCAAUAAAUGAGGAUUGUGUACAUGGUAAUAUCUCCAAUUUAUCAUUUUCCAGCUGAUGGUGUCUGUGUACGUGUGAUUAGAAGAGUGUCGCCUCUUGUUCAUGAUGAGUAGAAUAUCCUUGAAUUUCGUACUUUUCAUUUUGAUCGCCGCUCCUGAAAUUCGUCAAAAACACUUUCCUGGUGCAUAAAAAUGUUUCUAUAUUUAACAUUUACCAGCACUUUGGAUUCAAAGCACUUAAGUUCUGCCUCCAGGCAGCAGCUAUUCUCUCCAUGUAGACCUCAAUGUGAGCAGCAGAUGUCCUCACCUAUUUCUAAGAGUAGCUUUCUACUUUGAUAUUCAGCUUCCCUGCCAUCAACGCUCUCCUUUGUAACUCCACAACAAGUAUUCUUUAACCGGUUACCAACAGCUCUGAAGGGGGUUGGAAACAAUAGUAUGUAUAGAUUUAUUUCUUUUCCUUUCUUUUUGAUCUAAUGGGAGUUUAUUUUUACAUUGGUCUGUUAAUAUGUCUGCCAAAAAGCACACAAUGUGCUGGUCAUGCUUCUUGUUUCUGUAUUUGUCUAGUUUUUCGAAUGAAACAUAAAUUCAGGAUGCUUUUAGAUAAAAGAGCCGCAGCCAACUACAUUAUGUGAUGUGAAAAUAUUACAUUGUUAUAUAACUUCUAAGGUUUCAGACAUCAUUUCUCAAUAGCUCACAUUGCUUCGUCAGUUAAAUGUGUCAUAGCAACCGUGUAAAAUUAAAUGAUGAAACGAUUUAAAUGUGCAUUUAAUUGGAUUUUCAAAAGCUGAAAUGUGGUCAGUUGUUCCACUCAACGUCUCCACUUUGGGUUUUCCACUCUCUGUGAUAACACUCAGAUCCUUUCACUCUUGCUGCUUGGAGGGAUGUGACCAGAUACCUGAAAACAAAGGGAAUGUUAAUCCCCCUUUUGUAGAUGAACAGAAUUGAUCCACAAAAUUAUAAAACAGGAAAAUGUCAUUUUUAAACAGACUGUAUAAUUCUAGAAGUCUCUCCUCUGCUUAAAGUGCCCACAUUGCUCCCAAUAUUCUGCUUUUUAGUCACUAUCAUCUUGAACUCUUUAUUUCACAUCCCCUUCCGUCAUUUGGACUGUUGUGACUCUGUCGAUACAUCCACACGCUCUUCCUCAUUUGAAUGGUUUCAUUCAUUUGUUUCACCAGAAGUAAACCAAGACAUUGACGUGUUCAUGUUGGUCUGUGUAUAUAGAUAGAUAGAUCCACACAUAGAUGCAUAAAGUCAUGCAUAGGACAGGCUCAGCAUUCUGUACAGGUUAAGUCGAUACAAAUUCACGGAGCCCCUACAAUGUACAGCACGUGUAUGCAGAGUGAAACACAUAUGUAUCAGAAUCUGUGAGUGGGCUCAAAAAAAGGUUUUAUGUUGUAGAAAGUAAUGUUUGCAUGGUGUACCCCAUCAGCAUUAUUUAUUAAAUUUGUGUUCAAAAGAGAAAUUUAAAAAUAAAAUUGACAAAUUAAAAUGUC